AUGGCGGAAGCACUCGGCCUAGCUGCGAGCGUCAUUGCCGUGGUCGACGUAACCGCCAAAGUCGGGAGCGCCACGCUCAAGCUCAUGAAACUGUGGAACGAGGUAAAGGAAGUACCAACAAUGCUUCUACAGAAAGCGGAACGUGUCAGAGAUCUAGAGGACUUCCUGCUUGAUGCCGAAGACCACAUACAAAGUAGCCCGCUGCCACAAGCCUUCUGGAGCACGAACUACCGCUUGCGGCAACACAUUGAAAAGGUCCGCCGUGCACUUGACGAGGUUCAAGAUAUGGUGGACGAUUUACAAGCCAAGUUGACUGCCCGAAAAGACGGCUUCAGAAGCAAGCUGUUGUCAACCAAGGUUGUGUUUCGGAAAGACGAGUUGAAAGCCUUGGACACGAAGCUUGAUGCAGCUCUCGGUUUAUUUUCCAUCGCACAGAUGCAGUGGAUUAUCCACUGGAAGCUGUGGUGGACAUAUGAGUACGAAGAUUAUGCAGGAGAGUUCUGGGACAUGGUCCAGGACGAGGCGAGCAAGGUACCUGGUGCCUGGGUCGAUGACUCUUGGGAUCCAGAUGACUAUGAUGAUGAGGAGUGGGACAGGUGGGAAGCAUGGGAAAAGGAGCAGCCCCCUCCGUUGAUUUGGUCCGAGUAUCGCAGAGUUCGGCCGCCAGUCUAA